UUUCCUGGGGUAUCCUUUUAGCAUGGGUGCUAGUCCGUCUCCGAACUUAACUCCAUCGCCUGCUGGGUAAGGUGACUCAAUUCCCCUCGAGGAAAACCUCGGAAACAAUCCGCCAAUUUGCAGUCAGAUGAGUCGCACUGCUGUCCCGGUAACAAGGGUGAGGGCCCACAAUUAUCCGAAAACCCACCAAACGGUGCUGAGUGGUUGCAGCAGUGGUGUUAGUUUAGUCCGCCGGACAGAACCGGAACCACCUCCCAAACGACUGAUCUUGUUGAGGGUUGUACGUCUUGUAUCUCUUGGGCGUAUUAUCCACGUCUUGUCUACCCAUUGUAUCUCUUGUGCUGAGGAGAUGGUGGCCGGUGGUCCAAGAUGGACGGUGUUGGAGAUGGUGAUGUUGAGUAGAUGGUGGAGAUGUUCUCCUCAUACCGUUGGUUUUCGGAGCACGGAGUACCUUUAUCAGUUUGAUUUUUUGCUUUGUGACUGAUGAGAUCCUUCUAUCCGGCAAGCUUCCUUAUUCCCCUCCUUUGCCAGAGGGUAAUCAUAAGCGACGUCAGACGAUAAAAUACUUCACUUAUCAAAGCAUUGGAUACCUCCAGGGAACUAAUCCAGCACCAGUACGUAUACGAAUCCAGUGCUUAUACGUAUACCAACACAGUAGACUAGAGUACACACGGGCU